GGUUUUUAAGCGUGACAGGGCGACAAUGGGUUUAUCUAACUGGUUCAAAGAUCUUGGAAUGGCUGGAAAAGCGGCAGUUGUCGUUGCCAGUGGAGUUGCUCUCACAGCGUCUGCAUACGGCAUUUAUUCUCUCUACAAUAGCACCACUGAACCUAAAGUAACCAAAUCUGACGAAAGCGACGAAGAAGAAAGCAUUCCCGAGAAAAGGAUUUUAGUUCUAGGUCUAGAUGAUGCAGGAAAGAGUGUUUUCUUGGCAGCUUUGGCUCAACCUGACUCGACUACAAGAGCAAGCACACAACCAACCGAAGGCUUUAACGUGGUUUGCCUCACAACCGAUGGAUUAAACCUGAACAUCUGGGAAAUUGGUGGUUCACAGAAAUAUCGAGACUACUGGCCUAACUUUAUUGAGGACUGUAGCCUACUAGUGUACAUUGUAGAUGCCAGCAACCCAAGUAGAUUUGAAGAAUCAAAUAAAGUACUUCAUGGACUCUUAUCAGAACCAAAACUUUAUGGGGUCCCUGUGUUACUGGUCACCAGUAAAAAUGAUCUGUCACAAGCAAGAUCCCUGACAGAAGUGACAUCAGUUGUCCAACUACAGGAGGUUACUAAGAAGAGUGGAAGUAAAUGGUCUACAGUGAGUGUCCAAGUCAACAGCAAUGGUGAAACAGAUGGAUUCAUUGAAGCAAAAGCUAAAAUCUUAGGACUUUGUAAAUAACUUAAAUGUUUUUUACCUUGUGUUAAAUCUGAACUUUGCCCUGGACCUUGACCCUUCUAGGAUAAAGUUCAGAUGAAUCAGAAAGUCUUUUGUAUCAAGCAUAAGAUAUCUGAUAGAUUGAUGUAUAUUAGUUAGUUCUUUGUAGUUAGCAUACUACUUACUUCAGGGGAGGGGUAGGGAGCAUUAUAGAAGGACUGAGGUGACUAGUUAAGCACUUAGUUGGAAAGGAAAUUCAUAUAAAUUUUUUGUUACUUGUUAAAGCCUUUUAGAGGAUAAGCGGGUGUGACCCGAAGAAGCGGGCUGCAACCCCCCAGCCUAUUGACCUGUAAUUUAUCUAUUUCUUACUAAUAGAGUACAAACACUAAAAGUGUGCAAAACUUUGCACUAUUUAGUAGUAAAUAGUGCUGAUUAAACGAUGGAAAACAAUAGGAUUAGCAUUAUUUAGCAGUAUUUAGUGGUAUUUAUGUUACACACUUAUAGUGCUUGUACUCUAUUAUCGUUGUGAUUGAAAAAGGUUUUUUAUUUUAGCUAGUAGUAUAUUUACUUUUUUCAUUUUUCACUUCUUAAUCAGUAAAACAAUUUGCUUGAUUUCUAAUAACCAAUAUGCAUAAAUACUUCAUAUGGUACUCAUCAAUAUAUACAUGAUGUACAUGACUAAGGACACACUUUUUUCAAUCUAAAAAAAUUUUGCGUAUAAUUACAUGGGUGCGCAGAGAUACAAAUUUUAUCUUCGAGUGUUCAAUUGAUAUCUCACGAGUGAGUGCAGCGAAUGAGUGAGAUAUCUAAAUUGAACACAAGAAGAUAAAAUUUGUAUCUCCAAGCGGCCAUGUAAUGUUCUGUU